GAUUCUAUUAUUAAAAUCAUUGUCCGUUGCAGAACGCGUCAUCCUUUUCCUCCGUCGGUCGGGAUGUCGUCUCGAGAGCUUGAAUAUAGAUGAAGCGAUAUUCGGGUCUGCAUCAUCGUCAAUGAGCGAAAUCCCAUCCACGUCUACCGGACGGUGUUAGAACACGACAUUCUUGCGUGCCAUCCAGCCGAUAAAUGAUGAGGGAUAUGCUCAGUUCGAAACCAUCUUCCCUGGGCACUACUCUAACCGUGCGACUCAUUUUCAUAUGAUCGUCCAUGAAAAUGGAACGAUCUUCGAUAACGGCACAUUCUCUUCCGACGGCCAACAAUACAUCGGCCAAGUGUUCUUCGACCAAGACCUCAUCACCGCCGUCGAGGCGACCUCUCCUUAUGUUACCAACACCAUUGCCAUCACGGAAAACGAAGAUGAUCGCGUGUUCACUGCGGGUGUCGAGCCUGACAGUGGAACCGGUGUCGACCCGACCUUGGAGUACGUCUAUCUCGGUGAUGGCCUCUCGGACGGUCUCCUUUUUUGGGGCACAGUCGGUGUAGACCUUACAGCCAGCUACGAGUCUUCUCCUGGCGGUUACCUUACUGAAGCUGGAGGCGUCGUAAACCCCAACGCCACUGCUAUUGGUGUUAACGGAGUUUCGUCUUCCUCUGGGAUGAACGGCACUGAUACCGGCUUUGACGGAGGGAACAGCACGAGCACUGACAGCUCCACGACCCAGUUGCUCUGCACAUGUACCUCUAUCUAGACGUAGUGACGCUGACAUUUAUCUGGUGGAAGCUUUAGCCGAAAAUUUCAAAUUAUCAUUUAAGCGUUUUAGUAGCCUAUUUGUUUUGAUAUUUCGAAUGAGU